AUGAGGAAGAAGCUUCUUUUUCACUUUUAUUUUUUUAUAUUCAACUUUCAAAUCAUCUUAUCAGCUUGUCCAUAUGAAGGAAAUCUCACAGUGCAGUCUGUUUUCAAAACUUCUACGAACGAAUUUCAAACCUCACAUCGCUUAACACCCAUCAAAACUUGUGUUUUCACGUUAAACCCAAGUAGAAAGUCAGCAAGUUUCUUAGUAUCUGUUGCGACCUUUCUUCAUUUUGCUAAACGCCAACCAACGAAAUCAAGAGAGAUCAUUCUACAUGAACCGAAUAAGUCUUUCAUAAUUCGUAUGGACAGCAAUGAUCCUGCAAGAAGUUACCGUUUGAUGAAAGGACCCGUCACUGUUGAGAUUCCUUUGAAUUUGAACUUUCGAUCUCGUCUUGUAUUCUCCGAACUGGUUCCGUGUUCCGAAGAAACCUUCCAAUGUAACAACUUUAUUUGUCUUAGCAGAAAUGAUUGCCCAAAAGUUUGUCUACCGCGUGAUCAACUCUGUGAUGGGAUUGACAACUGUGGAGAGGAACAUGGAUGUCAAAAAUUAACAGGAUUUCUUAAAAAAGAGGAAACCAUGAUAAGUGCUUUCAUUUAUGAUAAGAACUAUCCUUCCUCAAGUCAACUGAUGCUUCUGGGGUUCUUUUUGUUGAAUGGAUUUUUCCUCACAUUUUUCCUCAUUCUAUCUAUGUGUUCUGUAGGAUUUUGUUUUUCCAAUCGUAUUUUCAAAUUAGAAAACAGGAAAUCGAGGAAGAGAUUCUUGAACUAUCUGAGGGAUGCUUCCAAUCGUGAUCCGGAAGUAACUAAAAAUUUGGAUGCUUCAAAUCUUAAUUCGUAUCCAGAAGCAAACAUGAAAACAUUAUCACCACCGAUAGAUCGAAGACACCGUUCUUCCAUCCUUUCUCGUAUUAAUUUUGAGCCUGCACCUACUCUCACAGAACUAGAACCAGAAUGUGAAGAUCGUUCAUCUAUAGUUGAUUCUAAGGACGACAUCUUCUCACCUCCUAAACAUAGGGCAGAUUUCUUCCUCAGACGUCAAAGUCUUCCAGUAAUUCAAAUCACAUCAGCUGAUGAGAAAAGAAGGAGGUCUGAUUGGAAAACAAGUUCUGUACAUUAUUGA